AUUUACCUGGAUGACCACUUCAACAUAAAAUCCACGGAGUGUGAAUGUCCAAAGGGAAAAUUCAAAUGCAGUCACGCGCGGCUCUUUUUUAUAAAUGGGAUUCACAACUUAAGCCGCACAGAUAUUGAAUGUCAGUGGAGGAAAAAGACGUCUAAUACCUCCCUGUCUUUACAGGCAGUCGAAGAACUGUUCCCUCUGCCAAAGAAUUAUGUGGCGAUUACUCGAUCUCCCAACACAGAAGAUCGUCAGGCACUAUAUGGAAGCUUAAAGGCAUAUGGGAGGUUCACUGGUCUUUGCUGGCUCAUGUGCCCAGAGCCUGCUCCCCAAAGCCAAAUUGCCUGUGCCAACAAUUGAGGAAAUCAUCUACUCAGAGGAGUUUAUCCAAACAAGAGGUACACAGCAACAAUUGGACUGUUUGGUUCGGAAAGCCAAACUCACAGAAGCAGAUAUCCUGUUAGUCAGUCAGAUAACUGUAGGCCAACGAGACAACCCAACCUGGCAUCUUGCAAGGAGGGGACGGCUUACAGCAAGCAAUUUUGGAUCCGUUCUGCAUGCCAAAAGAGUGACCCCUUCACUUCUCAAACGGCUCCUUGGAGAGUAUGACAUAUCAAGAGUUAAGGCAGUACAAUGGGGGGUAAACAACGAGGCAGAAGCGAUUAAGGCAUUUACCAAUUUAACUGCAAAAACUGUACAGGAAACUGGGUUAUGGCUGGAUGGCUCUGGGAUUCUUGGUGCUUCCCCAGAUGGAAUUGUGGAUGAAGACUCUGUUUUGGAGGUCAAGUGUCCCUACACCGAAAGGAAUAUGACAAUGGAAGAGGCAGUGAAUAUCUCCCCAAUUUCUGCUUGAAAAAAAAAAACUGAAAGUGGUCAGUAUGCUUUAAAGGAAGAACAUGUCUACUGGCAUCAGGUCCAAGGGGAGAUACAUUUUGCUCAAAGGAAGCUUUGCUAUUUUGUUGUGUGGACAUCUAAAGAUGUAGUUGUUUUGAAAAUAGCAAAGGAUGAAGGCUGGAGUGGAAACAUUUCUAAGCUUACUCAGUUUUAUUUUGAACACCUCUUCCCAAAGGUUGUAGAGGGACAAUUAUAG